UACACUUUACAUUUAGGGAUUUGGCUUUAUUUAAUGGUUAUAAUUAAAUUUCUAGACGCAACAAAUAAAACUAAUCGUGGGAGCCACAUUCUCCCAACUGAAGAGAGCAAAACGGUUCACUGAAACACCCAUCAUAUUCAUUUCUGCCUCGAAAACCCGAAUUGUUGGUGCGGGUUGGUUCCUAUAGCAACGCCUGCCAAACAGAAGAGAAGAUGGUUCUGAUUACAGAAGAUUUGGUCCGACGUCGAUCAGAACAUAACAACUGCGAAAUAUUUUCCUUGGAGGAGGUUUCUUUGCAUCAACAAGAUGUCGAGAAAAUAGAACACAUUGAUAGAUGGUGCAAGGACCUGAAAAUUCUGUAUCUUCAAAACAACCUCAUUCCCAGAAUAGAAAAUGUACAUAGAUUGAAGAAGUUGGAGUAUCUAAACCUAGCUUUAAACAACAUUGAACUCAUUGAAAACCUGGAGGGAUGCGAGAGUCUCCAGAAGCUGGACUUGACAGUGAACUUUAUAGGCUGCUUGAGUAGUGUGGAGUCCCUGAAGCACAACCUCCAUCUCCAGGAGCUUUUCCUGGUGGGGAACCCCUGCACCGAGUUUGAGGGAUACAGACAGUAUGUGGUGGCUACCUUGCCCCAACUGAAGUAUCUGGAUGGAAAAGAGAUUGGAAGGUCAGAGAGAAUCCGGUCCGGACAGGGCCUGAAGGAGGUGAGGCGACUUAUUCACCAGCAGGAGCAAGAGUACCUGAGGAAGAGAGCGAGUGAGAGACAGAAGAGCCAGGAAGAGGGAGUCGAAGAGGUUCAGCAAGAGCCGAAGAAACCAGGCUUUGAUGGACGCUGGUACACUGACAUCAACAAAACCAUGCCUGUGCCUGAGGACAACACGGAGAAUCAAGUGAGAGAAGAGAAAGAGAGGAAAAGCUGCCCGACUUCAGACCAUCAGGAGAGGGAGUUUUGGGAGAAGCUGUGUGCCUUUACUCCCGAGUCACGCCUGGAGACUCACCGUCACCUUGAGCGGAGUAAAAAGGCCGAAAGGAGGGAGACCGAGAAGAUGCCCAAGGCCCAGAGGACUCUGAUCACGCCCCAGGGAAGGGUGAUGAAUGUCAACGAACCCAAGUUGGAUUUCCGUCUCACGGAAGAUGAAAACAACAACGCCAUUGUCUUGGAUCUGGAAGUCUAUAGACAUAUGGACACUUCCCUGAUGGAUGUGGAUGUUCAACCAACUUACGCCAGAGUGACAGUCAAAGGAAAGAUUUUUCAGGUGGUGCUACCUGCAGAAGUGAGGCCUGACAGUUCGACUGCAAAAAGGUCCCAGAUCACAGGCCACUUGGUCCUCACAAUGCCAAAGGCUCUGUGUGAAAUCAAAGCGAAAAAGACCACCCCUACUGCCAAAUCUUCUGAAUGCAGUAACAGACCUGAAGAGAAGACAAGGAAAGGUAACAGAGAGGAGAGGUUGGAGGUGGAUCCAAGAGAACACUCAAUGGUUGACUUUUGCAACAUUGUCCCACGAGAGAUCAGCUCUGGAGAGGGAUCUCUGGAGACGUCAGGGAAACGGCUAACCACCACAACUGAGCAGACCAACUUUUCUGAUAACUUUGUGGACGACCCAGACGUUCCUCCUUUGAUAUAAGGGAAUGGAAAGCAAAAAUCGGUCUGAUAAAUUGGAGAGAAAAUAUACAACUAACUCUAACCACCAUAAUUGAGACAUUUUGGAUCCAGCCUUUAAUGCAGUAGCAAUUACCAUUUUUGAAUGACUAUUUUCAGUUGUAUAUUAGGUACGCAGUCUUUUAGGCCCUUUAGGAAUGUGCCUAAAAUCAUUCAACAUAAUGUUAGAAUAUCUUCAAGACACUAAAUGCAAGAUGCAUAAUAUCUGUUGUUGUUCAGAACAUAAAUGCAGUCGUAGUGUGUUAUUGUGUAUGAAUUAUAAUCGUAGGGUAGUAAAACCCUGAACAUAAACAGCAUAUCCCUUUCUUUGUUAGUAAAGUCCUUGCUCUGUUGUCCAAUUAUGCACAUUUUUCUUUUAGAUAUGGAUCUUGAAUAUUUUUCCUCUCAUAACCACAGUGUUUUUUUUACUUUUCUUUUGAAUAGUCACUUGAUAGAAUUAAGGGUCAUCAUGCCUCCAUAGUCGGCCCUCUCCUGUACCAGCUAUCUUCUAGACCAGGCAAGACUGCACUAUGUUGACAAAACACUUCAACUUUUUAUCAUGGCUUUGAUAGCAACAGGUCCCCUUCUUACCGCAGAUGUAUUUUGGCCAAUAAUUAAAUCAAAAAAGCAGAAGGUCAUCAUCAGUCUGAAAUGGUUGCAUACAUUUUUCAUACUUUUCAAUCAAAGGUGCAUUUAUGUACAGUCAUUUAAAUAAGAAAGUACACCCCUGGAAUGUUUAUUUCUUUGUUGAUAUUUGGACCUAAGGACAUUUGGCAAGUAUCUCUUCAACACUGUUUAAAAAUCUCGUACAUUGACUGGGCUUGAUUUUUGCCCACUCUUUAUCAUACUGCUUCAACUUUGCCAUGUUCAGGGGGGCUGUCUUGCAUGCCCAGCCCACUUGAAGUCCUCCGCAGCAUUAUAUAGGAUUAAUCUGGGCUUUGACUUGGCUAUUCUGUAACACUCUGUAAUUUCAGCCUUUUUGAGCCAUUCUGUUGUAGUAUUGCUUGCUUGUUUUGGAUCAUUAUCCUGUUGCAAGAUCCAUGUUUCCGCUUUUUGACAGAUGGCCUCACAUUCUGUUCAGGAAAACACUGAUAAAAUAUGGUAUUCAUGGUUGACUCAAUGACUCAGUGUUUCAUGCCCUUCGACAUUGAUUGUGGCUUUGUAACCCCUCCCAGGCUCAUGGGUAUUAAUAAUCUUUUCAGGGCCUAGGUCUUUUGAUCUUUACAUGAUGCAUUACCACACACCCAUAUGGUUAACAUAAAAACAGACUAAGUGCCUAAUCUUGUGAAAGGCAAGGAGAAUGCAAAGAGUGUGCAAAGCUGUCAUCAAUGCAACGGGUGGCAACUUUGAAAAGUCUGCAACAUGAAAUGUAUUUUGAUCUGUUCAACAGUUUUUUGGUUAUUACAUGAUUCCAUAUAUGUUUUUUUCAUAGUUUUGAUGUAUUCAUGUCUCAAAUGUCUCAAAGGUGAAUGCAAAAAAUAAA